AUAUGAAAUCUCUUUAAGUAGAAAAUAACGAGACAUAAGCUGAAAGCAAGGUGUUUGAUCAAGGAAGAGAAGAUGAGCAGCAACAUAGAAAAAGUGGUGUGUGUGACUGGUGCUUCUGGUUUCAUUGCUUCAUGGAUCGUCAAAUUUCUUCUCCAACGUGGUUACACUGUCAGAGCCACUGUUCGUAACCCAGCUAAUCAUGAAAAGGUUGAUCACUUGCUGAAACUUGAUGGAGCAAAGGAAAGGUUACAUCUCUAUAAGGCAGAUCUUCUUGAAGAAGGAUCAUUUGACUCUGCUAUUGAGGGUUGUUAUGGUGUUUUUCACACUGCUUCACGGGUUCAGUUCGUAGUCAACGACCCACAGAAAGAGUUGAUUGAUCCAGCUGUUAAAGGAACUCUUAACGUUGUUAAAUCAUGUGCAAAAUCGACAUCAGUGAAACGAAUUGUUUUAACUUCUUCUUUUGCUGCGGUUUUGUACAAUGGAAGGCCUCGAGCUCCCGAGGUUGUACUUGAUGAAACUUGGUUUUCGGAUCCAAACAUCUUAAGGGAAAAUGAGAGAUGGUAUGCAUUAUCAAAGACUUUGGCUGAGGAUGCUGCCAGAAAAUUUUUGGACGAACAAGACAUUAAGUUGGUUGUUAUUAACCCAGCAAUGACCAUAGGGCCUCUGCUGCAACAAGAAAUGAACGGAAGUUCUUCCUCAAUUUUAAAGCUAAUCGAUGGUUCAAAAACGUUUCCAAAUUUGAGUUUUGGGUGGGUCAAUGUGAAAGAUGUUGCAGAUGCACAUGUUCAAGCAUAUGAGAGUGAUUCAGCUAGUGGAAGAUAUUGUCUGGUUGAAAGAGUUGCACACUUCUCUGAAAUUGUUAAAAUUUUAGGUCAGAUGUACCCAACUUUGAAGAUUGCAGACAAGUGUGAAGAUGACGAGCCAUUUAUGCCAACAUUUCAGGUUUCCAAAGAAAAGGCAAAGAGUUUGGGAAUUGAGUUUAUUUCAUUGGAAGAGAGCCUUAAGGAGACAGUUGAAUGUUUAAAAGAAAAGAAGUUGGUUGAGUUCUAGUUCAUCUUAUCUUCUUCAAAUAUUAGUAAUAUUAAUAACAUGGGUUAAGUUACUUCAAAAA